GUGAGGGGAUGGGGCCGGUCCCCGCUGUUAUAAGGGGUUAUUAUGGCCGUGAUUGUGUUCCCUAACCCUUUAGGGGCAUUCCGACCUCGAGUGCUUUCUGCCACCUGCCUCUGUGAUACUGUCUCUGGCAAUUGAAUAGGACACAGGCUUCCCAGUGAUGACCAACCCAUAACUGAGUUGUGUUUGUGCUGCUAGGGGACUUCAACGCGCUGCUGGUGAUCCCAGAAGAUCCUCCUUGCUGAACUCAAGGGCUGAUGUAUCCCCCUUCCUUGCUCCGGUGUCCAUCUCCUGCAUCCCAGCCCUCUUCUGUUUGCUCCAGCUGGUCGAUCCAUGGUGAUCCUACUUCUUCCUCCGCAGGAUCCUUUCCCCACCAUCGGGAAUGAGGCUGUCUCCUGCCCGUUGGCUCUCGGCCUCGCUCGCCACAGGAGAGGUUUCAGGCUGGCGAUCGGCAGCUGAGCAGUGUGGUGCCUGCUAUGGCUGGUUGGUUUAAGCGGCUCCUGCACAAGCCCAAGCCGAGGUCAGUGGAGAACAGCCUCCACACCAGCCAUUCUGCUUCCUCAUCACCUUCCUCAUCCUCUGCUGAGAGCUCCAGCUCUCCUCCCAGCACGGGCCUGACCCGGUCCAUCCGCCCAUCACCCAUGUUGAUGUCGGACAUCACCGCCUCGGGCAGCGCCCGCUGGGCUAAGACCUAUGAUGUCUGCAUCUGCCACAGCGAGGUGGACCUGGAGGUGGUGGAGGAGCUGGUGUCCUACCUGGAGGCUCAACCCGAAAGCUUCCGCUGCUUCCUCCAGCUGCGGGAUGCGGCGCCGGGCGGCGCGGUGGUGACGGAGCUGUGUGAUGCUGUGCAGAACAGCCACUGCUGGGUCAUGCUCAUCACCCCCGGCUUCCUGCGGGAUCCGUGGUGCAAGUACCAGAUGCACCAGGCGCUGGCUGAAGCCCCUAUGGCUAACGGGCGCACCAUUCCUGUGCUGAAGGAUGUGGAUCGGAAGGAUUAUCCCAAGGAGCUGCGAAACCUCUACUACAUCUACAUGAAGGAGAACAGCUUCAGGCAGAUCAGGGACACUGUUGUGCGCUAUCUCCAGGACCUGUGCCGGAGCUCCAUGAGUACAACAGAGUAGUUCACAAUGGAUCUGGAUGUGACCACAUCCCAAAGGACCUUGGAGCAGACCUGGGAACUGAACAUGGACACUUGCCUGCAUCCUUGGAGGACAGCUGCCCACGUCUGUGUGGCCAAACCCCCCUCGGAGGGGACAGGGACAUCCUGGUCCGUACUGUUUGUUGUGCAAACACUAAGCUCUGAUGUUCAGAGGCUCCGGGAGGAGGGGGGAUCUUCAAGGCUCCUGAUGGGGCUCAGACCCUCGGUAAACUGACACAGCGCCUGCCCGGCCUUUGCACGCGUUCUCUGGGACAAUAUAAAUGCAGAAGUUUGGCA